UGGACAAGCACGAAAUAAUCCCGAUCCCCAUUAUCCUCUGUCCUCGGCCACUCGUCGUUCGUCAACCCUAGCCGCCAGCGACGAGGCCGUCCCGACGCCGCCAUCUCUCGUCGCCGGUGAGCUUCGUCCGGCGACCCCGACUACCGUCUGGUCCUCGAGCCGCCCUUCCCCGGCACCGCGAGUCCGUCCUUCUCCCCCGCCGCCCCAACCUGCCAGCAGCCGACCCCUGCCGCCGGCGACGCUGCUAUUCUCCCCCGCCGUCGCCACUCCAGAAGGUCAAGCGGCGGCGGCAAACGCGGAGGCGGAGGAUCCAAGAUGAUCAUCCCGGUCCGCUGCUUCACCUGCGGCAAGGUGAUCGGGAACAAGUGGGACCACUACCUCGAUCUUCUCCAGGCCGAUUACACUGAGGGGGAUGCUCUGGAUGCCUUGGGCUUGGUUCGCUACUGCUGCCGCCGUAUGCUCAUGACCCAUGUUGAUCUCAUCGAGAAGUUGCUCAACUACAACACCCUGGAGAAGACGGAGACAAAUUGAACCCAUUCUGCCUCGAAACCCUUGUUCCUUUGUCUUUUCAAGAUGGAUGAUAUGCUGUUUCUUAUGUCAGUGCUUAGGAGGUGCAAAGUGUGAGGUCCUGAAAUGAAGUUGGUUUGUUCAUGAAUCUCCAAGGACUGUUAGUGUGACCAUCCGUUUCUAGUAUGUAAUCUUCAGGGCUAUAUUAACCAACAAGUCUAUGCAUUAUCCAGUUUAAAACUUAUUAAGCUCCAAGCCUUGAACA